UAACAACUGAACAGAGCCUGCUCAAAUGGCAUUCGUGGUUUAAACCGAAUAGAAGGAUUAUUCUGAGCAAUAUUUGUUUUCAACUGCAAAUAUGUCGAUAAUCCUUAAUCUCGUUAUUCUUGCCAUGGUCGUUCAGGUGUCUCAGGCCGCCUCUCUCACGUUUGAAUGGGAAUCUCUUCAGGUCACGAAGGACACUCAAGUCGGUGAAGAAUAUAUUCCCAUCCAUGAUAUCAGUAGUAAACAUAGCUUCGAUGAUACCCCUGAAGUCGUGGACGAUGACACUGACGGAGGCCCCAUGUGUCACAAGGAAAUAUGCAAGAUUUGUAAAACUUACACUCGUCAUAAAGCGUGUGUAAUUGCAAAGGCCGUACACAACGCGAUGGAAGUAAAGCUGGUUGCCAGCAGACAUGUACUUGUAAAAGGGAAGAUAACAAACAAUACGGAUGUCUCCUUCUGUGUUAAUCACGUCAUGAAGCACCCUGACAUCAAAUCAGUCUGUAUUGUUGCCAGGAACAUCAGUAUUAAAGAUAUGUCAGCCUGCGUCAAUAUCACAGCUCAGAUAAAACAGAAAACAUUCAACGAGGCAUUUGGCUGUUUCAAAAUACCAAACAAAGUUGACGAGAUGCAGGCGUUUGACUCUCUCGACUCAGAGGACAUCGAUGUGGUCACAGAAUAUCCUGACUCAGAUGACAACGACGUGGUAACAGAAUAUCCUGACUCAGAUGACAUCGACACGGUAACGGAUUCGCUCGGCUCUGACGACGAGGAUGCCGAGUCUGCUACGCUCGAGUUGGACGCAUUCAGUCCAUUUGAAACAGAGGACAAUCAUCCUUCGGCAAGGCUCCUGAAAGCGAUGCUGACCUUCUUGAAAGAUCUGAAAGAAAAAAAGGCAAUGUAGCGAGGACGUAUUGUUUUGAACAUCCAGUUCUAUCAAACAUAACUCCGAGACUGCUGUGUUAAUAUUAUUGUUGAAGUUUAUGCUUCCUAUGAAACUCUUUUCUUAGAAUGUAGUCGUCUGCAUGCAAUCAUUCUGAGAGUCAAUGAAGGUUUACGUGAUAUAAUUCAAUCAAACCGAGACUCGAGACUGCUAUGUGUAUAGUUUUGUUGAUGUUUGUGCUUCCUACAAUACUUUUUCAAAAAUGUACUCGUCUGCUUGCAAUCACUCUAAAGUCAAUGAAGUUUCACAUUAAAACCCCUGUUUGACAUCAUUCGAUCAUUCCGAGACUCGAGACUGCUGUGUCUAUACUUGUGUUAUAUAAUGUGUUUUUCCAAAAAGGCGAUGUGUCGUAAAGAUUCGUUAUUUGCUGUACAUUUUGCAAUACUUCAAUGCAUUUUGUGUGUUCUUAAUACAGAUUGUCUGAACGGAUAUGUCUAUUGCUAUAAAUAUAGUAUAUAUUGUGUUGUGUGAUAUCUUGCACACAUGUUACGCAUGUACAAACUGGACAUGUGCUUCUUUACACGCUUAUUUGUACCUACACUAAAUAAAGAUAACAACGCAUAAAAUGCAAUAAAAAUGUUUGUGUUUUA